GUGAAGACAAGUUGCUAUAAAAACGCAAAGAAAUGUUACGAAUGUUAGAUUUCUCCAACUCAUUCAAUUCAUCAUGUCGCAAAGUCCAGCGGUCUCCGGCAGCACCAUCGCCGCACGGGUUGGACGUCGACGACGCAAGGAGAAGGAUGCGAAAUAUCAUGAAUUCCGGAGCUUUCCAACUUUUCGCGCAUUCUCUGAUUGGUGGGAGAAGGAUGAAGGACGAAACUGGAAGGUCAACUCUCGCCAGCCACAUCCACGAGGAAGUGUGGAAUAUUGGCGAUGCAAGGCAAGAUUAUUUUUCCAAAUAGAUGGUUGCUAUGUUUGUCCUGCUCGUCUUCGAAUCAUCAUUGGAUUUGAUGAUAGUGUUGUCCUCUAUCGUGGGUCAAAUUUUUCACAUCAACAUGAAAGGAAAAUUAUCAAAGAUGUCGAUAUUAUCAAUCAGGCUAUUCCAAUGGAUCCAUUUGCUGAAAAGAUUGGCCGUUCUUUCUUUGUGGAUGCUCCUCAAAUAGCGCCUGAGAAUGAAAAUGAUUUUCAGAUGCAACUUGUUCUGAUGAAUAUUGAAGAAAUAAUGGUUCCAGUUAGGGAAUUAACUGGGACAGAUGAGGGUAAUGUUCUAAAUACACCACAAAUGGUUGUUAGAACCCCAACACAGCCAGCUGAAGAAGAAGAUGAUGAUGAUGAAAUUGAGUUUUUUGGUUCUGAUGAGCUUCUUCCCCGAGAAGUUCGUGCCACUGGUUUCCGUGUCACAGCAUCGCAAUCUUCGGUACAAACAGCUCAGGUUCAACCAACACAAACACAACAAGAAGUCCAACAACAACAACAAACUCCAAAACAAACAACCGAAGUGGUUGUGAAGGAAGUCCAAAAACCAAAAGAAGGAGAGGAACAAAAACCCAAAGAAGUAAAGGAAGCCAUUGAAGUAAAGGAAGCAGUAAAAGAAGAAGUAAAGAAGUCAGGCACCACAACUUCAACUGAAGUGAAAACUCCAAAAGAUGUGAAGACUGCAAAAACAAAACUUACUCCACCAAAAUUUAGUGGAGCAACAAGUGGAUUUGCUGUGGCAAGACUUCAUACAGCUUCCCAAACAGAGACUAGAAGAACAGUAAAUGAUGAUCCAAGGACACAGAGUGAUGAAGAUAUUUCAACACCGAAUGUGAAGAAAACUGCAAAUUUGGUGUCUUCUACUACGAAGAAUGGAGUGACGAGUGGAUCUGCUAAUGCUAGACCGACAACACCUCCAAUAUCAGAAGAAGAAAGGACAAACACUAAUAGCAACAAUGAAGGGAAUAGUGGUAGUAAUACGAGGACAGGGAAUUCUACAAACUCGAAUGUUUCUGUUGGCUCUAAUAAUAAUUCGAAUGCUUGAUAA